ACAGCAAGGCGCUCGCGUCGCGUCGCGUCGUUUACUAUCGUCUUAUCCGCCACGAAGCAGCUGGUGUGGGUGGCAGGGCAGGGCAGGGCAGGCACAUCCCGACUUGGCGGCCACCGUACCCCAAGCCGAGCAACCUCUCCCCUCGCCAUGGAGGCCCUCACCGCGACGCCUCGGGCGCUCUUCCCGCGCGCAUCCCCUGCGGCAUUGAUGGCAACGGCGAGACGGGCGCCAUCGGCCCGGCGUCGCUGCGCCGCUCCUGUCAGGGCCUCCGCGGCGGCAGCGGAGCCGGCCGGGGAGGCCAAGCCGGCUGCGGCUCCGAAAGCAGCCGGGGACGAUGGCGCGGCGGCAGCCGCGCCCAAGAAGGUCCUCAAGAAGAAGCCGGUCUACUCGAUGAAGAAAGGGCAGAUUGUGCGCGUGGACAAGGAGAAGUACUUGAACAGCAUCAAUUACCUGUCAGUUGGGCAUCCGCCCUUCUACAAAGGCCUGGAUUACAUCUACGAAGACCGCGGCGAGGUAUUGGACAUCAGAAUCUUUGAAACCGGAGAAUACGCCCUGAUCGCGUGGGUGGGGAUUCCGACUCCACCGGCAUGGCUACCGACUUACAUGCUCAUCAAGUCGGACAAGCUCGACUACGAGAGGAUAUGAUGGCCGGCGCCGGCCUGGCAGGAGGCCUUCAGUUCAACGAUUCACCCCACGGAACGGAGCACGCCAUCGCCUGAUCGCCAUGCCACAUGUUCAGUCUCGUCAGGACACAGUGUUGUACAUAGAUGCAAAUGCCAACACAGUGUUGUACUGCACUUGUGAUUAUAAACUCACAUUUUAAAUUACUUUUGCGCGGAUUUUAGGACUCUGAGAUGGAAUGGACAGGUUCCAACAUAGAGAAUCUAACCAAAUACUCGGUUAGCUACUUUUUUUUUUAAACACUGGUUAUAGAGGAAGCUAGCAUUAUUUGGCCA